AGAGUCGCGCUGAGAAUUACGUCAGCAAGGAGUUGGCAAAAGUCGUGAGCUGUCAGGCAGUGUUCGUAUGUGUGUUCGCGUGUUCGGAACUUUGGGUAGUGGCGCAUGCGGGACAUGCGGUAGUGUGAGAAGUGUGGAAUCCGGUGUCUUUUGGAUUCCACUGAAUUCAUAGAACUCGGAUGCAGCGUGAAAUCAAGAGAACCUUUAUAUGUCAUUGAAUGAGGCCACUUUUUAAUUUAUUUUUUAGUGUAGUAUUUUUUCGUCGGUCACCUCCGAAAACAGCACGUUCGAUAUUUACGAGCACUUGGCAUUUGAAAGAAAAGGCAGUUUGGGGGUCGAAAAAACAGCACAGAAAUUUGAAACUUCGCUUACAUUGGGAAACAAUGGCAGAUCCUAAAACGGAAGAAAUAUUGGCGCCUUUGCGGGCAGCUGUUAAAGAACAGGGUGACAUUGUGAGGAAUUUAAAAGCUGCUGGUGCCCCUGAUUUGGAUGUGAAAAAAGCUGUUGCAGAACUUAAGUUAAGAAAGAAGGUUCUUGAAGAGAAAGAACUUUCUCUGGCCCCAGCAGCAACAAUGUUUGAUAGAGCUAAAAUGGAAGAUUUAUUGAAGAGAAGGUUUUUUAUUGACCAAUCUUUCGCUAUAUAUGGAGGUAUUAUUGUUCGGAUUUUAUCCUUUGGAUUAUUGACAUUUGAAAUGAGUGCUAUUGAAAUAUUUAUUAAUUCUGUUGUGGGCAGAUUUGCAGAUUUAAUGGUGAAAGAUAUAGGAACAGGUGAAUGCUUUAGAUUGGAUCAUCUAAUAAAAGCUCAUUUAGAGAAAGUGGCUUUAGAUAAGAAAACAUCAGAAGCAACAAAAGAGGAAUGCAAAGACAUCGUUGUAAAGUUGGAUGGAAUGAAAAAAGAAGAAAUGAGCCAGAUUCUUCAAAAGUUCAACAUUCGCUCUCCACUCACUGGUAAUGAACUGACAGAGCCCAUAGAAUUCAACCUAAUGUUUGGCACGCAGAUAGGACCAUCAGGUUUAGUUAAAGGCUUUCUACGUCCUGAAACCGCCCAAGGUAUUUUUGUGAAUUUUAAGAGACUCUUAGAAUUCAAUCAAGGGCGACUUCCUUUUGCUGCAGCUCAAAUUGGUAAUGCUUUUAGAAAUGAAAUUUCACCCAGAUCUGGGCUUAUUAGAGUGAGAGAAUUUACAAUGGCGGAAAUAGAGCAUUUUUGUGACCCUUCGAACAAAAAUCAUCCAAAAUUUGAUUCUGUUAGAACCACUCCUGUUUUGCUCUAUUCAGCUUGCAAUCAAAUGGAUGGAAAAUCUGCAUCACUCACAACUAUUGGAGAAGCAGUUGAUUCAAACCUGAUUGCCAAUCAAACUUUGGGAUAUUUCAUGGCUCGCAUUCAGUUGUUCUUGAUACGCAUUGGUGUUGAUGAGAAAAAAUUACGCUUUCGUCAACACAUGAGCAAUGAAAUGGCUCAUUAUGCUUGUGACUGCUGGGAUGCUGAACUCCUUACAUCUUAUGGCUGGAUAGAAUGUGUUGGCUGUGCUGACAGGUCAGCUUUUGAUCUGACUCAGCACACCAAAGCUACUGGUGUAAGAUUAGCAGCAGAGAAGAAACUCGCUGAACCGAAAAUUGUAAACAUUACUGGGCGCACCCCCGUCCCGUUCUUCUCUCUGCCUCCUGUGGUGGCGCCUUUGAAAUGUUCUGUACUACCCCUGAGUGGCAAUCCCGAAUUUCAACCCUUCGUCAAAAAACUAUCUCAAGAAUUAACUCGAUGUGAUGUAUCUCACAAAGUUGACGAUUCAAGUGGUUCAAUAGGAAGGCGUUAUGCACGGACAGAUGAAAUUGCAAUUCCCUUUGGAAUAACUAUAGACUUUGAUUCCUUAAAAGCUCCCAACUCAGCCACUUUGCGAGAAAGAGAUACCAUGGGACAAGUGCGAAUUUCUUUGGAUGAAUUACCAGACGUAGUAAGAAAUCUUUCAUUUGGUAAAACAACGUGGGCAGAAGUAGAAGAAAAAUAUCCCAAAUUUGAACAACAAGAAACUACAAAAGCUGCUUAACUUUUCUUGAACACUUAUUUGUUCUUGAAGACUUUGCUUACAAUUGAAAUUAAAGUAUAAACAAAUACAUGACUUCUCUUCAUUGUGUUCCCUUCCCAGUAAUACACAAUUAAUUUUAAAAGUUUAUUGAAAAAAAUUGAUACAAAUAUUCAAUUAUAACAAAACUUAUUUGAUUUUUGCAAUGAAUUCAGUAGUUAUUUAAAUACAAAUGCUUGCAUACAUCAGAAAUGGGAAUGUCAGAUACUGGUGGGAUGCCAGUUUGCUUGGGCUUGACAUUAACAUCAACAGCAUGGGAAUCACAAAUGGUUCUAAGGUCAUUAAAGGGAGGAGUCAGCAUCAAAUUUAAAGCAGGAUAAAUAAAGACAAAAACAGCCACACUGACUCCUACAUAAAUGGGAAGUGCUACAGCCCAAUACUUCUGAGGCAGAUAGGACACCCCUACAAGGUGUAAAACAUUAUCAGGGACAAACGCCCAAAUGACAUACAAAAUAAAAGCUGUCCAUGAUGAUAAAUAUAACACAAAUCCAUACACGGACCGACUUGGUGUAGGAGCAGGAGUAUGUUCAGGCAUUAUUGAUGGUUUGUCACACCUUUGCAGAAAUCGUACUGGUCACUAAAAGGAGGACCAAAUUCAUGUAAAGUCUCGAUAACAAGCUGAAGGUGUUCCAUAAAAGAUGUAAGAGAUACUCUCAAUUGGCGGAGAUCCCCUGAAGAUAAUUUAACAGAUAAUGUACUGUUAUCAUAACUGAUACUCUUCGUAACUUUGCUCCUUGGUGGUUCACUAUCAACCCUCAAAACAUCAUAACAAAUUUGAGCUUCUCUCUUUGAAGUAACAGGGACACACAAAUUGCUCAUAAAUCAACUUGAUUGGCAAUUUUAACAUUCAAGAAAGGACCCCAAAGUACAUAAUGCUGUUCAGAAUGUAAAAUCAAGGAUACACUUCGUACAAUCCAUCACUUGCCAUGUUCACCCUUCUACUUUCCCCGUGAGGUAAAUAUUUCUCACACUCAAUGAUUACAAAUUCAGUAAUGUAUUUAACUUAAAUCAACAGCUAACACACAAAAAAACUAAUGAAGUAUUAUCGUUGUUUUUGGUCUUGUAUUGUUAACUUCAUUUCUGCGCACCUUUUAAACUAAAUAAAUUAUUCGGUUAACCUUCUUCGAACUUUUAUGUGGUUAUGAAACUAACAUGAAUGUCUAUUUUGUUGGCCUUAGUCAUAAACUCAUGUAAAAAUUAAACACGUAUGGUAGAAUAUUACACCAUUUAUAAACAAUAUAUUUCUAAAUGUUUCACCAUAAAUAAUAGGCUACUAUAACGAAACGUGCCUGUGGUGACGACGUAGGGUGAUAGAUCGAGUCGAAUGAAGAGAAUCGAACUUUUUCAUCGACUUUCCAUUCGAGCCCUGUCGAUUUCUUGUUCUAUC